CAUGGCCGAAGCAGCUCCUGCCCCGGCUUUGGAGAGGGACAAGCAAACAGAGAACCAGAGGCCUUUGACUCCUUCUCUAUCACCCCAGCCAGCCACUGAGAAGAGUUCAUAUCUCUACUCCACGGAGAUUACACUGUGGACAGUGGUGGCUGCCAUUCAGGCUUUGGAGAAGAAGGUAGAUUCCUGCCUGGCCCGCUUGCUGACUCUGGAGGGGCGCACAGGGACAGCCGAGAAGAAGCUGGCUGACUGCGAGAAGACGGCUGUGGAGUUUGGCAACCAGCUGGAGGGCAAGUGGGCCGUGCUGGGGACCCUGCUGCAGGAGUACGGGCUGCUGCAGAGGCGGCUGGAGAACGUGGAGAACCUACUGCGCAACAGGAACUUCUGGAUCCUGCGGCUGCCCCCGGGCAGCAAGGGCGAGGCCCCCAAGGUGCCCGUGACCUUUGAUGACGUGGCCGUGUAUUUCUCUGAGGUGGAGUGGGGCAAGUUGGAAGACUGGCAGAAGGAGCUCUACAAGCACGUGAUGAGGGGCAACUAUGAGACGCUGGUCUCCCUGGAUUAUGCCAUCUCCAAACCGGACAUCCUUACCCGGAUAGAGAGGGGAGAGCAGCCUUGUCCUGGAGACCAGUGGGAUCAGGAGAAGGGGAAUGAGGAGGAGGCAGCAUGCCCAAGGAAGCCUGGAGCUGACCUCCCUCCACAUCCAGAGCAUGCUGCCAGCCCACUCUGCCCAGCCCUGGAGGAGCCAAAAGAGGUGCCAGUCCCAGAGCAGCAGGGAGACUUUGAGGCAAGAGUGACCCCAGCUGGGCCGGGCACUGAGCCUCCAGCCAGCACCAGCGUUUUGUCCUUGAUUAAACAGGAGGGAGAGUCUUCAGAUAGGGAGUCACCAACCUCCCCUCCCAGGGACAUCCUGCCCUGCUUGGAGCCAGGUGGUGGUGUGGCCAUCAAGACGGAGACACAGUCUGAAGACGAGAUGAUGCCGGAGCAGCUUUUCCUGGGGGCAUCCUUGAGCCAAACCGAAUGUAGAAUCCCUCAAGGGCCCAGAAGUAGGACUAGGGGCCCCAGCAGGCAUCAUGCUGAGGGUGUGCCCAGGGUGCAGGUGCGAGUGAGGGACCCACGGCCACCAGGGGCUGUGGGGGAGCCGCCACGAGUCCUCUCUCGCCGCCGAGAGCGGGCCUUCCCCUGCCCUGACUGCGGGCAGAGCUUCCGCCUGAAGAUUAACCUGACGAUUCAUCAGCGGACCCACGUGGAGGAAGAGCAUGGGGAGGCCCGGAGCAGCUCGCCCACCGGGUGGAGGGAAGGCCACGGUGCCCUGGAGCCGGGAGAGGUGGUGGUCCCCGGCCCUGUCAUCCGCUGGCUCCCUGAGGUGCCUGAGGGCCACCGCUCCCUGGCUGGCCGUGCCUUCAUGGGGCGGAGGCCGACAGCUACCAAAGUGUACCACUGCAGCGAGUGCCUGCGCUUUUUCCAGGAGCGGAAGAGCCUGCUGCUGCACCAGCGCCUGCACACGGGCAAUAGCCAGGGCUGGCCUGCCUGUCCCUACUGCGGCAAAGCCUUCCGCCGGCCCUCGGACCUCUUCCGGCACCAGCGCAUACACACCGGCGAGCGGCCCUACCAGUGCCCCCAGUGUGGCAGGGCCUUCAACCGGAACCACCACCUGGCUGUCCACAUGCAGACUCAUGCUCGAGGCCAGGCGGGCCCACACUUCCUCACUUCCUCUGCCCACCGCAGGAGCCCACCCCUGCCCCACCACCCUAGCCACAUGGAAGAGGGCUGACCAGGCAGGUUCUGGGCUCUGUCUGUGGGGCCUUUCAUGCUGCCUGGCUCUGCUUCCUUAUCUGGGAUGGUUUGGAGACAGUGGGUUUUUGUUUUGUUUUGUUUCCAUUCAGAUGGGAAGCUGGGGUGCUUUUGGUGACAGAGUGAUGUGUAUGCCUAGACUCCAUUUCCUGUUUUCUAAGUUUGCCAUUCUUUGUGGCCUUUUCUACAUUCCUAACUUAUAAAUGGUUCCUUAGGGCUUAAAGAAUGCCAAUUUUUGGUUGGGGGUCUGGCAGGCACCAUAGCUAAUAGGAUCAGAGAUCACAGCCUAUGAUAGAGACACUGGGGAUCUAGGACAUUGAUUUUUGUGCACAGAGAUCUUUUGCCUGCCAUCAGCAUGAGAGACCACAUAGUGGACAGCCUGAAGAAAAGGCAUUGUAGAUUGAGUUUGCUACUUUGUCAUUUUGAAUUAUUUUUUCCUUCUAUGGAGCCUUUCUAGUGCUUUUGUGAUGUUGUGUGUAGUUGUGAAGGGAACCAAGAGCUCCCGAGGGGAAGGAAUCAUUCUGCCCCCUCUUCCAUGUGUGGGGCUGGCAGGGCUGGAAGAGAUCAGUGUCUACGCGCCUGUGGGUCUUGAUGGAGAGACCUAGGCUGCUGUUCUGGCAAGAAAGUGUCUUAGCAGGUAUGUUUUCUGCCCAGAGUGAGGCCCAGUCUUCCUAGUCCUUCCGCUAUUGCAGAGGAAUAUGCAUUAUUGACUUUUGUUACCAGUUGUGAGGGGGGUGAAUAACACUUCCCGCCGCCAGGGGUCUCAGCAUUCAUGAUGUGCAAGGUCUGUUAGCUAGACCCCAGACACUCUGGGGGUAGAGGAUGCAGAGCACCUAGGAAGUUCUUCCCCAAGAAGACCCUGGGCUGGGUGAGGCUGGUCAGCUCUCCAGGCCUGCUUUGUCCCAUUAAGGACGCGCUGCCUCCCCUUCAAGGUGUUCUCUGAGAAAUCCAGGCUCUGAGGCAGAGUUGAGCAGGGAGAUUUGGGUGAAUCCUUUAACCACUGUUAGUCUCAUGGUUCCUGUUAAAAGGGGUCAUGGCCCUGGUGUGUCCUACCUCACCUUAGUGUUGUCAGGGUCAGAUUUAGAGGCACUGGGACAAACAUGAAGCCUAGUUUUUUCUCUUCCAUGUUGGUCACCAGCCCUUUCCUGUCAGAAUCCCUCAGGAAGCAUCUUUAUCUUCUGGAAUGAGUGGGGGUUCUGCUGGCUUUAGUAGAAUCCUUUCCCUGUGGGCUAUGUUCUCCGAGACCUCUUUGUAUUUCAAUCAAAUACUUAUCAAAGCACAAGGUUCAGACUAGAAGUUCUGGCAGCGUCAGGCUUCAUGGAGACUUGAGGACAGUUAGCUUCUUGUGACUUAAUAAUGUUAUGCAAGUGCUGCCUCCAGAGUGGCCCUGGUCUGCAUGAUUCUGCAGCUGGAGGGAUGGAUCCUUGGCAACCCUGAUAGGUCACUGUCUUCUCUGGCACUGAGAGGUGACGACAUUGGGGGCUGCUUCUGAGGACCUGGGUCCUUUCCUGUUGCCCUCCUGCCACUCAGAGCUUUCCUGAAGUCUUAAACAGAGUUGGGGCAAUAAUAUUGCCAUUUCUGGGGUGAGGGUAAGUAUCCCACAAAUCAGCCAAGCUCCCUUGGUUUUGGAAAGAAGAGACACCAUCCUUCCGGGCUGUGGAUCCUACCCAUCGGACUCAGGUGAAAGGAGGCAAACGCCCUCUGCAAACCACGAAUUGCUGGCCCCUAGUGGGCUCUUCCCCCCCCCCCCAAAACAUUCAAUGUGCAGCUCUGAGGUAGGCUUUGGGAGUUUGCCUAGCCCUCAAUAGAAUAUAUUUAAAGAACAUUAUUUACAUCAAAAUGAGUCAAUGGAAGCUUGGGAGUGCAGGAACAUAGCGGUCCUGGACUGGGAGGUGGGAGCCUUGGGUCCCAAACUCUCCCAGAUCUGGGCUUAGGCUUCCUCUUUUGUGAAAUAAAUAGCUGGGUCAUGACAUGAAAAGCCCUGCAGAACUGUGAAAGCUGCAGUUUCUUACCCUAAUUGGUGCUCAAUAAACAU